UACAUGAGGGAGGCUUGAGUGACAGGAGAAAUCUGAUUGGUCCUGUUUGUUCUGUAUAUAGUGAUGUAGUCUACCACACAGAACUCACCUCUCUGUUUUACACCAUAGGAUCAGGUUCACAGUAUUUACAAGAUGAGACCCAGGAGGACAAGCUGAAGAGGGAGGCAGCUGGUGAGCUUGAGUUGAAGAUGGAAGAAGUGAAAUUAAGACAGGAUAUGAUGAAACAACUAGAGGAGAAAGACACACAACUGGAUGAUAUGACCCAGGAAGUGAGAGAGAAAGAGAGACUCCUGGAGGAGAAGAACCAGAUAAUGGAACAGAGGGAGAAACUAUUAGAAGAGAAAGAAAACCAACUGGAAGAGAAAGACAAGCAACUAAAGGAUAGAGACAUUCAACUAGAGGCACUGAGAAAGAACCUGCAGGACAAGAACAGCCAAGUAGAGAACUUCAGAGUCCUACUGCAGGAAAAAGACCUUCAACUAGAGGACAGCAACCACAGACUGGGAGAGAAGGACAGACUACUGGAAGAGAGAGACAGACUACUGGAAGAGAAGGACAAACAGCUGGAACAGAGAGACAAAUUACUGAAGGGAAAAGAAAAUGAACUAAAAGAGAGGAGGCAGGAAGUAGAAGAGAAAGAUAACCUACUAGAGGAGAGAGAGAAGCAGUUAAAGGAAAGAGACAAACAGCUGGAGGAUGUCAACAAUGAAAAUGCUGAACUGGCUCAACAGAUAUGUGAUGUGAAGACUGAGGUAGAGAGACUGAGAAGAGAGAUCUCAGCCCAGAUGACUGAACCUGGAGAGACGUCAGAUACAGGUUCCAUACUCCCAGUCAGGAGGAGACACAGCAAGGAGCUUCCUCCACUUAUGGGAGGAGAGAGCAGCAGUCCAGACUCCCCAGUGUCUCCCAGUGUGUCUGAGCUGAGACUGGUGCUGCUGGGGAGGACUGGGGCUGGGAGGAGUGCAGCAGGAAACACCAUCCUGGGCAGAGAGGAGUUUGGGGCCCAGGCCAGCCCCUCUGCAGUGACCCAGAGGAGUAAGAGGAGAGAGGGGGACGUGUGUGGGAGACGGCUGGUGCUGGUGGACACUCCAGACUGGUUCUGUCCUGGACUCUCUCUGGAGGAGAUGAGACAGGAUGUGGGGCUCUGUGUCCGUCUGUCUGCCCCGGGACCCCACGCCUUCCUCCUGGUCAUACCAGUGGAGCCCUCUAAGGGGGAGGAGAGAGGGGUGCUGGAGAGAACAGAGGAUAUGUUUGGGGAGGGUUGUUGGGAACACACUGUGAUUCUAUUCACUCAUGAUGAUGUCCUGAAAGAGCAGAGCAUUGAGGAGUUUCUCCAAGCAGGAAGUCAGGACCUCCAGCAGCUAGUAGAGAAAAGUGGGAGCAGGUACCACGUCCUCAACAUUAAGGACAGGGCCCAUGGCACUCAGGUAUCAGAGCUGCUGGAUCAGGUAGAGGAGAUGGUGGCAGGAAACAGAGAGAGAUUCUACAGCAGUCAGACCUACCAGGAGGCAGAGACCCAGGUUAGAGAGAUGGAGGGAAAGAUCCAGAGAGAGAGAGGAGAGAGGAAACAGAGGGAGGAGAGAGACUUGAGAGAGAGGCUUGAGAAGGAGAUGCAGGAUUCUAUGGAGGAGAAAGAUGGAGAAAUCCAGAAGCUCAAGAGAAAUAUCAGAAUUCUCAGAGAACGAAUAACAGAACUGGAGAGACAGGUGAAAGAAGAGAGGGAUGAGGAGAAGAAAAUAGAGCUGGAGAAGGAGCUGAAGAGGGAGUCUGAUAGGAGGGAGGAGAUGGAGAGAAAGAUGGAGAGAUUUAGAGAGAAGACAGAGAAUGAGAGGAGGGAGAUGGAGGAGAGACACAGACAGGAGAUAGAGGAGAUGAUGGAGAACUAUGAAGGAGAGGCCAGAGUUGAAGCAGAGAGAAACCUGAUGAAGAUAGUCCUACCUGAGUUACAGAGUAACAUCAUGAUCUCACAGACAAAGAUGCAGAGAGAGUUCAGCAGACAGAUGAAAGAGAAGAAUAGACAGAUGGAGGAGAAAGGUGGAGAGGUGGAGAGACUGAGACAGAACUUGAAAGAGGUCAGUGAAGCUCACUCAGUGUUGGAGGGGAGACUGCUGCAAGAAGGGAGAGGUCAGAGGGCACUGAUAGGGUUGUUGGGCUGGGUCAGGAGAAACUCAUCAAGUUGGCUUCUCCACAAUCUGACAUGAUUCACCAUCACCGUCUAUGUGUAGAACCAGACCAGGUCUACUGUCCACUGUACCGUGGUGAGUGACCAUGGAUCAUGGUGGUCAUGGGGAAAACAGGUCAGAAUAAUGUCUGGUCCAGUCUACAGUGUCUAGAGAAGGAGGGGAGGGAGGUCUGUAAAGAUCUUGAUGAGACGUAAAACAGAAUUCCAAACCAACGUAGAUUAUUGACCUUUGCACUGCAGCCUUUUAGAAUGGAGAGGGUUGUGGGGGGUCAGGAGGUCAGCGGGCGGAGUCAGAGACUGAGAACUCUAAAGAUCUGAGUGAGACUUUUACUCAGUGUUUGAGGAGGUCUACUAUUGAACAGAGAGAACCAUGCUGUAUUUACCAUACACUACUUCCUGUUCUUUAUCAAAUUGUUUCAUGUUGAAACUUUAAAUAUACACCGAGUGGACAAAACAUUAAGAACACCUUCCUAAUACUGAGUUACACUCCAAACAGCAUGGACUCUACACAGUGUCGAAAGCCUUCCACACGGAUGCUGUACCAUGUUGACUCCAAUGCUUCCCACAGUUGUCAAGUUGUCUGGAUGUCCUUUGGGUGGUGGACCAUUCUUGAUACACACAGGAAACCCAGCAGCGUUGCAGUUCUUUACACAAGCCAGUGCUCCAUGCACCCGUUACCAUACCCUGUUCAAAGGCAUUUAUAUAUUGUAUCUUGCCCAUUCACCCUUUGAAUGGCACACAUACACAAUCCAUGUCUCAACAUCCUUCUUUAACCUUCCUCCUCCCCUUCAUCUACACUGAUUAAAGUGGAUUUAACAAGUCUCCUCCCCUUCAUCUCCACUGAUUGAAGUGGAUUUAACAAGUCUCCUCCCCUUCAUCUCCACUGAUUGAAGUGGAUUUAACAAGUCUCCUCCCCUUCAUCUCCACUGAUUGAAGUGAAUUUAACAAGUCUCCUCUCCUUCAUCUACACUGAUUGAAGUGGAUUUAACAAGUCUCCUCCCCUUCAUCUACACUGAUUGAAGUGGAUUUAACAAGUCUCCUCCCCUUCAUCUACACUGAUUGAAGUGGAUUUAACAAGUCUCCUCCCCUUCAUCUACACUGAUUGAAGUGGAUUUAACAAGUCUCCUCCCCUUCAUCUCCACUGAUUGAAGUGAAUUUAACAAGUCUCCUCCCCUUCAUCUACACUGAUUGAAGUGGAUUUAACAAGUCUCCUCCCCUUCAUCUCCACUGAUUGAAGUGAAUUUAACAAGUCUCCUCUCCUUCAUCUACACUGAUUGAAGUGGAUUUAACAAGUGACAUGAAUAAGGGAUCAUAGCUUUCACCUGGAUUCACCUGGUCAGUCUAUAUCAUGGAAAGAUCAAGUGGCCUUCAUGUUUUGUACACACAGUGUAUGUCUACAGUGAAUUGAUGAGUAAUGCAUUAGAUUAUUGUUCUGUUGCUGUGGAGACAACUGUUUUGUGUAGUGGUUAGAGAGGAUACCAGUUAGAGACAACUGUUUUGUGUAGUGGUUAGAGAGGAUACCAGUUAGAGACAACUGUUUUGUGUAGUGGUUAGAGAGGAUACCAGUUAGAGACAACUGUUUUGUGUAGGGGUUAGAGAGGAUACCAGUUAGAGACAACUGUUUUGUGUAGGGGUUAGAGAGGAUACCAGUUAGAGACAACUGUUUUGUGUAGUGGUUAGAGAGGAGAUUAGUUAGAGACAACUGUUUUGUGUAGUGGUUAGAGAGGAGAUUAGUUAGAGACAACUGUUUUGUGUAGUGGUUAGAGAGGAGACUAGUUAGAGAGACAACUGUUUUGUGUAGUGGUUAGAGAGGAGACUAGUUAGAGAGACAACUGUUUUGUGUUGGGGUUAGAGAGGAGACCAGAUAGAGACAACUGUUUUGUGUAGUGGUUAGAGAGGAGAUUAGUUAGAGAGAAAACUGUUUUGUGUAGGGGUUAGAGAGGAGACUAGUUAGAGAGAAAACUGUUUUGUGUUGGGGUUAGAGAGGAGACUAGUUAGAGAGAAAACUGUUUUGUGUUGGGGUUAGAGAGGAGACCAGUUAGAGACAACUGUUUUGUGUGGUGGUUAGAGAGGAGACCCGUUAGAGACAACUGUUUUGUGUAGUGGUUAGAGAGGAGACCAGUUAGAGACAACUGUUUUGUGUAGGGGUUAGAGAGGAGACCAGAUAGAGACAACUGUUUUGUGUAGGGGUUAGAGAGGAGACUAGUUAGAGACACCUGUUUUGUGUAGUGGUUAGAGAGGAGACUAGUUAGAGACAACUGUUUUGUGUAGGGAUUAGAGAGGAGACUAGUUAGAGACACCUGUUUUGUGUAGUGGUUAGAGAGGAGACUAGUUAGAGACACCUGUUUUGUGUAGGGGUUAGAGAGGAGACUAGUUAGAGACAACUGUUUUGUGUAGGGAUUAGAGAGGAGACUAGUUAGAGAGACAACUGUUUUGUGUAGGGGUUAGAGAGGAGACCAGUUAGAGAGACAACUGUUUUGUGUAGGGGUUAGAGAGGAGACUAGUUAGAGACAACUGUUUUGUGUAGGGAUUAGAGAGGAGACUAGUUAGAGAGACAACUGUUUUGUGUAGGGGUUAGAGAGGAGACUGGUUAGAGAGACAACUGUUUUGUGUAGGGGUUAGAGAGGAGACCAGUUAGAGAGACAACUGUUUUGUGUAGGGGUUAGAGAGGAGACUAGUUAGAGACAACUGUUUUGUGUAGGGAUUAGAGAGGAGACUAGUUAGAGAGACAACUGUUUUGUGUAGGGGUUAGAGAGGAGACCAGUUAGAGAGACAACUGUUUUGUGUAGGGGUUAGAGAGGAGACCAGAUAGAGAGAAUCCCACUGUAUUUUCCUCCACUGUGAGAGAAACAUAGGAGUGUUAUUAUUUUACCACAGUCACACUGUUGUUUUCUAUUUGCUGACCUUCAUCAAUCAAAGUUCAUCAGGAUCCUGCUGUUGUUGUGAUGUAAUGUUUCAAGUUGAAACCUUAAACAUAUCUCUACAGUAGAAAGAGGAGGAAGGGAAGCGCUACUAAGGUACACAAUAGUACAUUUUGGUAGACAGAAGGUGCUCUUUGGUAAAAGGGGUGAAUUGGUCAUCAAAAAGAAAGGAGGACCAAGGCACUCGUCAUAUAAUUAAUUAAAAUGCCUUUAUUUGUUAUGGCAUGUUCAAUAGAAACAACGUUUUUAAAAAUCCGACGCGUUUCGGCUGCAUGGCCUUCGUCAGGAAGUACAAAGAAAUAAAACAAUGUCCUCUAUUGAACAGCUUAGCCCUAAUUUGUAGAGGGAGUGGUUACAAAAUUGAUUGGACACAACUAGUAAGCAAUACUAUACACAUUAAAAAGUGAAAUACUGUAGCUAUGUUACCAUAAAAAUACAACUCCAAGCUAGAAGUAUCAGAACACUUAGAUAUGACUGGGAGAAGUGUCAAGACUAAGUACGCAAUAUAUUCCAUAGAACACUAGAACACAGCAAUAUAUUCCAUAGAACACUAGAACACAGCAAUAUAUUCCAUAGAACACAGCAAACAUGAACAACAACAGUCUAAACAUAGCUGAGGGCAAUUGAGCAAAAUGUCCACUAGAUGGCAGCAAAUGGACCCAUCACGACCCUACAGGAAGGGUGAGAAAUCCAUAUCUUCAUUUAAACCAGGGUAUUUAGUGGCCUGUAGUUUGUAAAUCCAUAUCUUCAUUUAAACCAGGGUAUUUAGUGGCCUGUAGUUUGUAAAUCCAUAUCUUCAUUUAAACCAGGGUAUUUAGUGUCCUGUAGUUUGUUUUAUCCAUGUCUUCAUUUAAACCAGGGUAUUUAGUGGCCUGUAGUUUGUAAAUCCAUAUCUUCAUUUAUCCAGGGUAUUUAGUGGCCUGUAGUUUGUAAAUCCAUAUCUUCAUUUAAACCAGGGUAUUUAGUGGCCUGUAGUUUGUAAAUCUAUAUCUUCAUUUAAACCAGGGUAUUUAGUGUCCUGUAGUUUGUAAAUCCAUAUCUUCAUUUAAACCAGGGUAUUUAGUGGCCUGUAGUUUGUAAAUCCAUAUCUUCAUUUAUCCAGGGUAUUUAGUGGCCUGUAGUUUGUAAAUCCAUAUCUUCAUUUAAACCAGGGUAUUUAGUGGCCUGUAGUUUGUAAAUCCAUAUCUUCAUUUAAACCAGGGUAUUUAGUGGCCUGUAGUUUGUAAAUCCAUAUCUUCAUUUAAACCAGGGUAUUUAGUGGCCUGUAGUUUGUAAAUCCAUAUCUUCAUUUAAACCAGGGUACUUAGUGGCCUGUAUUUUGUAAAUCCAUAUCUUCAUUUAAACCAGAGUAUUUAGUGGCCUGUAGUUUGUAAAUCCAUAUCUUCAUUUAAACCAGGGUAUUUAGUGGCCUGUAGUUUGUAAAUCCCAUGUCUUCAUUUAAACCAGGGUAUUUAGUGGCCUGUAGUUUGUAAAUCCCAUCUCUUCAUUUAAACCAGGGUAUUUAGUGGCCUGUAGUUUGUUUUAUCCAUGUCUUCAUUUAAACCAGGGUAUUUAGUGGCCUGUAGUUUGUAAAUCCCAUGUCUUCAUUUAAACCAGGGUAUUUAGUGGCCUGUAGUUUGUAAAUCCCAUGUCUUCAUUUAAACCAGGGUAUUUAGUGGCCUGUAGUUUGUUUUAUCCAUGUCUUCAUUUAAACCAGGGUAUUUAGUGGCCUGUAGUUUGUAAAUCCAUAUCUUCAUUUAAACCAGGGUAUUUAGUGGCCUGUAGUUUGUAAAUCCCAUGUCUUCAUUUAAACCAGGGUAUUUAGUGGCCUGUAGUUUGUUUUAUCCAUGUCUUCAUUUAAACCAGGGUAUUUAGUGGCCUGUAGUUUGUAAAUCCCAUGUCUUCAUUUAAACCAGGGUAUUUAGUGGCCUGUAGUUUGUUUUAUCCAUGUCUUCAUUUAAACCAGGGUAUUUAGUGGCCUGUAGUUUGUAAAUCCCAUGUCUUCAUUUAAACCAGGGUAUUUAGUGGCCUGUAGUUUGUUUUAUCCAUGUCUUCAUUUAAACCAGGGUAUUUAGUGGCCUGUAGUUUGUAAAUCCCAUGUCUUCAUUUAAACCAGGGUAUUUAGUGGCCUGUAGUCUGUAAAUCCAUAUCUUCAUUUAAACCAGGGUAUUUAGUGGCCUGUAGUUUGUAAAUCCAUAUCUUCAUUUAAACCAGGGUACUUAGUGGCCUGUAGUUUGCAAAUCCAUAUCUUCAUUUAAACCAGGGUACUUAGUGGCCUGUAGUUUGUAAAUCCAUAUCUUCAUUUAAACCAGGGUAUUUAGUGGCCUGUAGUUUGUAAAUCCAUAUCUUCAUUUAAACCAGGGUAUUUAGUGGCCUGUAGUUUGUAAAUCCAUAUCUUCAUUUAGACCAGGGUAUUUAAUGGCCUGUAGUUUGUAAAUCCAUAUCUUCAUUUAGACCAGGGUAUUUAAUGGCCUGUAGUUUGUAAAUCCAUAUCUUCAUUUAGACCAGGGUAUUUAAUGGCCUGUAGUUUGUAAAUCCAAAAACUGUUUAAGACGCUCCCCUUUUCUAAUAGAGGCCGGAACAUGAUCAAUACCCAUAGCUUGUAGGGAGGCAGGGUUGCCAUGGUGUAAGGACUUGUAGUGCCUUGCCAUGGGGUAGUCUUCAUUGCCUACCCGUAUGGCGUCCUUGUGUUCCGUUAAGCGGUCUUGAAGGCGUCUCUUCAUCCUUCCAAUGUAGAACACCUUGCACUGUGCACAUUCCAAUCUAUAGAUGACAUGAGUGGUUUUGCAGUUAAUGAAAUGCUUGAUGUAAUACUCCAUUUUGGAAGCUGUGUCAACAAAAUACUUUUUCUGUGCAAUAUUUCUGCAAUGGUUGCACUGGUUACAUUUAAAAGAGCCCUUGGGUUUGUGGUCAAGCCAAGUUUUUGAGAGUCACCCGGAAGAUAACUGUGGACUAAUUUGUCAUUUAGGGUAGGACAUCUCUUAAUCUCUGGGAUAUGUGGGACGGUAGCAUCCCACCUCGCCAAUAGCCAGUGAAAUUGCAGGGCGCCAAAUUCAAAACAACAGAAAUCCCAUAAUUAAAAUUCCUCAAAUAUACAAGUAUUAUAAACCAUUUUAAAGAUAAAAUUGUUGUAAAUCCAGCCACAGUGUCCGUUUUCAAAAAGGCUUUACGACGAAAGCACACCAAACGAUUAUGUUAGGUCUGCACCUAGUCACAGAAAAACACAGCCAUUUUUCCAGCCAAAGAGAGGUGUCACAAAAAGCGGAAAUAGAGAUAAAAUGAAUCACUAACCUUUGAUGAUCUUCAUCAGAUGACACUCAAAGGACUUCAUGUUACACAAUACAUGUAUGUUUUGUUCGAUAAAGUUCAUAUUUAUGUCCAAAAAUCUCCGUAUACAUUGGUGCGUUAUGUUCAGUAGUUCCAAAACAUUUGGUGAUUUUGCAGAGAGCCACAUCAAUUUACAGAAAUACUCAUAAUAAACAUUGCUAAAAGAUACAAGUGUUAUGCAUGGAAUUUUAGAUUCACUUCUCAAUGCAACCGCUGUGUCAGAUUUCAAAAAAACUUUACGGAAAAAGCACACCAUGCAAUAAUCUGAGUACAGCGCUCAGACACAAAAACAAGCCAUACAGAUACGCGCCAUGUUGUGGAGUCAACAGAAGUCAGAAAUAGCAUUAUAAAUAUUCACUUACCUUUGAUGAUCUUCAUCAGAAUGCACUCCCAGGAAUCCCAGUUCCACAAUAAAUGUUUGUUUUGUUCGAUAAAGUCCAUCAUUUAUGUCCAAAUACCUCAUUUUUGUUCACGCGUUUAGUUCACAAAUCCAAAUUCAUGAGGCGCGAGCACUAGGUCCAGACGAAAAGUAAAAAAGUUCCGUUACAGUUCGUAGAAACAUGUCAAACGAUGUAUAGCAUCAAUCGUUAGGAUGUUUUAUUCAUAAAUCUUCAAUAAUGUUCCAACCAGAGAAUUUCUUUGUCUUUAGAAAUUAAAGGGAACGCAGCUACCUCUCACGGACGCGCGCGUGAUCAGCUCAAUGCAGACACCUGGUUGAAACAGCUCUCUUUCUCUCCCCCUUCAUAGUAGAAGCCUCAAACAAGGUUCUAAAGACUGUUGACAUCUAGUGGAAGCCUUAGGAAGUGCAAUAUCACCCCAUAGACACUGUAUAUUUGAUAGGCAAUGACUUAAAAAACUACAAACCUCAGAUUCCCACUUCCUGGUUGGAUUUUUUCUCAGGUUUUUGCCUAUCAUAUGAGUUCUGUUAUACUCACAGACAUCAUUUAAACCGUUUUAGAAACUUCAGAGUGUUUUCUAUCGAAAUCUACUAAUUAUAUGCAUAUUCUAGCUUUUAGGCCUGAGUAGCAGGCAGUUUACUCUGGGCACCUUUUUAUCCAAGCUACUCAACACUGCCCCCCAGUCCCAAAGAAAGCUUAUGACGACUGGUGGCUCAGGAAAGACUUGGCGUAGUAGCGUAUCACUUUGGAUUAUUCCCCAAUUAUUUUUAAUUAUUAUUUUAAUGUUCUCUGCUUCAGUGCUGUAUUUUGUAACAAAAUACACUCUUGGAGGGGAUUUGUUUUCACAUGGAUUUAUAGCUUGUUACUUCAGAAGCAAAUCUGUUGAUAUCCAGAAAAUAGAAAUUAAUGUAUUAUCAGGGAACAAUCUUUGCAAAAUAAGGCAAUUGAUAUGUUAUUAACUUGAGGUAUGAAAUAAGGUAUAAGGUAUGAAAUUAAGUAUAAAAUAAUUGGAAUGUUAAUGACAUCUCCAUGGGUCCACCUUGGGGGGUCAAAGGUCAUACCUGUAUGCAUUUUGGGGUAUAUUGAUGAGACAGAAUGGGCAGCAUUGGGAUGUGUUUUAUUAUCACAUCGUACCAUAGAUGAUAACUACAACAAACUCCCCACAGAACAAGGAGACCCAUUUGAAAAGUUUCAUAGAGUCAUCAUGGAUUCAGUGUAAAAUCAGUCACAACAACCUAUUUUAAAAUUGGCCGCCAUUCAUUUCAAUGUGGAGGAACUGAAUAUAUUUCUCAGGGCAGAAAUGAAUAAAUAAUUGGUUUAAUAAGACUAAUAAAGACUGAAAAUGUGUGUUACUGUGAGGAAAGUGUUAAAAGAUGUCCCAGUAUAUGUAUUUAGUAAAAUAUUACCAGAGCGUCUGCUAAAUUACUAAAAUGUAAAUGUAAUAAUGGUAGAAAUAUGACAAAACACCAAAAAUAAUGUCUGAAGUUAAGACGGACUGAGGAGAUCUGAUAGGUUUCUUUCUAUGAGAUAAUAUCAGUCAUUUAACAUGACCUUUAUCAAUUAUGAAGCCUUUAUGUGCUUUAUGUGCAGAAAUUAUUAAAGUAAUCACAAAAUGUGACGUUAGCUGAUGAAGAUUAUCUCAUCGAACAAAGUGGAUAACAUUUCCUCAGCCUGUAUUUACCAAAUAACUCAUUUUCGGCGAUAAUUUUAAAAAACUACAAAAACGCCAUUCAUUACCCCAUAGGCUGUCGAACGAAUCAUGGCGGAGUUAGUACCUACAAAAAUAUGCCGUUACUAUUUCUCUCUAUAGCUGGACCAGGGAGCUGGCUGAAUGUAGUGCCCCCCCCCCCCCCCCCUCACUGUAUGUAAUAACACACUAAAAUGUCUGGGCUAACAAUGUAAGAAAUAACACUGCAAAGUUUCCUCGGGGCUAGAAGCACGGCUCUCUAUCGGCGCCAUUUUAUAUAUUGACUACGUCCGUCCUAGCUCGCUCAUUUUUGUCUUCAUCGAAAUUACGGAUUGCCUCUUGUCCGCUUGUCGUCCCCUUAUGCCAUAGUUUGAUCAAGUAUAUUAUGGAAGCGCAAAUGUGCUAAUAAUUGGAAUGUUUGAUAAACUUGGGAAUGGAAUUCAAAACACAGCGCUGUGAAAACAAUGAAGUUUGAGUUUGGGAAACACUGAGAUCCUCUGCAUCAAUGUAGCCUAGUCAGAUGUCUAUUAUUAGUUAUAAUGUGGAAAUACAAUGCAUCAAUGUAGCCAAGUCAGAUGUCUAUUAUUAGUUACAAUGUGGAAAUACAAUGCAUCAAUGUAGCCAAGUCAGAUGUCUAUUAUUAGUUACAAUGUGGAAAUACAAUGCAUCAAUGUAGCCAAGUCAGAUGUCUAUUAUUAGAGAUAAUGUGGAAAUACAAUGCAACAAUGUAGCCAAGUCAGAUGUCUAUUAUUAGUUACAAUGUGGAAAUACAAUGCAACAAUGUAGCCAAGUCAGAUGUCUAUUAUUAGUUAUAAUGUGGAAAUACAAUGCAUCAAUGUAGCCAAGUCAGAAAUAUAUUAUUAGAGAUAAUGUGGAAAUACAAUGCAACAAUGUAGCCUAGUCAGAUGUCUAUUAUUAGUUAUAAUGUGGAAUUACAAUGCAACAAUGUUGUCACGCCCUGACCUUAGAGAGCCUUUUAAUGUCUCUAUUUGGUUUGGUCAGGGUGUGAUUUGGGGUGGGCAUUCUAGGUUUCGUUUUCUAUGAUUUUGUGUUUCUAUGUUUUGGCCGGGUAUGGUUCUCAAUCAGGGACAGCUGUCUAUCGUUGUCUCUGAUAGGGAACCAUACUUAGGUAGCCCUUUUCCCUCCUUUCUGUGUGGGAAGUUGUCUUUGUUUGUUGGCACUAUAGCCUUAAGCUUGUUUUUGUAUUGUUUAUUGUUUUUGUCGGCGUCAUCCAAAAUAAAAAGGAAUAUGUAAGCUCA